UAAGAAAAUUAUAAGCCGGCAUAUGAAUACAUUCACGUGGGGAUAAAAACCUUUGACAUGUUUAAUAACAUAAAUAGCAAUUUGCCCUUUUUUCAAAUGUGGCUUGCUUUGCUUGGCAUGAGAACAGGUCAGAAUCCCAGCUGGAUUCAAUCUUACCCCACAAGCACACUUAAUUCCAUAAUCCCCUUCGAAAUCCACAAAAUUUCUCACAAAUCAAUCUCUUCUUCUUUCCCAUUCCACCUUUCUCGAACAUCGUCUGCAUAUAAAGCUGAAAGUAAAAUUCAAAUUUGGCCCAAAUUCCCUUUUUACCAAUUUAUGCACAUUCCUACAACAUUAUCAGAUUCCAGUUGCCUAUAUUGACUCAACCCCUCCAUUUCUGACCUCUUUUCUUCAGAAUAAAUCACCACCAAAUUCAACACCAGAACCAGAAAUACACGAUGUUGCUUCCGUCUCUAUGGAGCAUGGCUCCGUAUCUUGUUUCCUUUGUAGCAUUUAUUAUCCUCCUCGAACAGAUUUCUUACAUGAAGAAGAGACGUUUCUUGCCAGGUCCUACACUAGUGCUUCCAUUUAUAGGCAACGCCAUUUCUUUAGUUGUUAAUCCGACCAAAUUCUGGGACCUCCAGUCGUCCUAUGCAAAAUCCGGUCCCCUUGGAAUCUCCGCCAAUUACAUCGUCGGCCGUUAUAUUCUCUAUGUUUACUCCACCGAGCUCUCCCAUAAAAUCUUCGCCAACGUCCGCCCCGACGCCUUCCACCUCGUCGGCCACCCGUUUGGGAAAAAACUCUUCGGCGAGCACAAUUUAAUCUACAUGUUUGGACAGAAACACAAGAACAUGCGCAGACGAAUUGCGCCUAAUUUCACCCCAAAAGCCCUUCAAACCUAUACUAAUAUACAACAGAGGAUUAUUCUCCAACACCUUAAGUUCUGGUGCCAGAAAGCGGAAAGUGAAUCUUCUGGGUCUAUUCCACUUCGAAUACUCUGCCGGGACAUGAAUUUGGAUACCUCGCAAACAGUAUUCGUCGGGCCUUACCUUAGCGAUGAGGCGCGUCAGAGAUUUAACAAAGAUUACAAUUUUUUCAACGUUGGAUUGAUGAAACUCCCAAUUGAUUUACCGGGUUUUGCCUUUAGAAAUGCAAGGCUAGCUGUACAGAGACUGGUUGAGACUCUCGCCGGUUGCGCAGAACAAAGCGAGAAGAGAAUGAAGGCCGGAGAAGAGCCCACGUGCUUAAUUGACUUCUGGAUGCACGAAAAUUUGAGGGAAUAUGCAGAAAAACCAUUUGAAUACAGCUACAUGGAAAUUGGGGGUCAUUUGUUUGACUUCUUGUUUGCAUCACAGGAUGCUUCGACUUCAUCUUUAUUGUGGGCUAUAACGUUCUUGGAUUCACACCCUGAAGUUUUACAGAAGGUGAGGAAAGAGGUGGCUCAAUAUUGGUUGGCGGAAUCUGGCGCCGCCACCAUAACAGGGGAGAAUCUGAGGGAGAUGAAGUACACAGAAGCGGUGGCACGUGAGGUUGUGAGGAUCAGAGCUCCGGCUACCAUGGUGCCGCACAUUGCAGGAGUGGACUUCCCUUUGACGGAAAAUUAUGUAAUCCCGAAGGGUACUAUUGUCUUUCCGUCGGUGUUUGACUCUUCUUUUCAGGGGUUUACUGAAGCGGAGCGGUUCGACCCGGAUCGGUUCAUGGAGAGGCAGGAAGACCGGGUUUACAAGAAGAACUUUUUAGCUUUCGGAGCUGGGUCCCACCAGUGUGUGGGCCAGAGGUAUGCGAUCAACCAUCUGAUGUUGUUUAUUGCAAUGUUUUCAACGUUGAUCAAUUUCAAAAGGGACAGAUCGGACGGCUGUGACGAAAUCGCUUAUGUCCCGACUAUCGUUCCUAAGGAUGAUUGUAGGGUUUCUCUUUCACGACGAAUUCCAUCUCUAUGGUGAUGCUUAUGCAAUUGUGUAUUUGAUUCUUUUGUUGGGUCGGGGUGUGUAUUUAUUUAAGGUCAAACUUGUCUAUUGUGUGAAGAAAAAAAUAGAGAUUUGAAAUGGUUUAAUUUAUUUGUAAUUUGUAGUGUACGGUGACAAUAACGAUCGACCAAGUGGUCAAGAAUUUUCUAAGAAAUUUGAUCAAUGAUCGAUUAAUUUGGUCAUUUUGUUAUUCUUA